GUUUCCUUCUUUUUUUUUUCUGUAUGUGUCUGCUUAGUUUUCCUCUGAAGUGUUCUUUUGUCAGAAAUAGUGUAAUUAAGAAUUUAAUGUGCGGUAAUUUUCUAGCUUGAAAGAGUAUUUAGUUAAUUUUCUAAGAUGUUUACUUUCAUUCGUUGCAUUUUUGGCCCACGGCUUUUCAGAUUAUAUAAAAAUGAAAGUAACCAGGGAAGAGAUUAUGUUGGAAAUCCAAUAGAACAUUACAGUGAUGGAUUUGUCAAAACAGUAUUCUUUUCGUUAUCUAUGGCCUGGUCGUUAGGAUUUUAUACCUCGCCUCUCCUUGCAAGCUUCAUGUACCGAAGAGGAUAUUUCACUACUGAAGGAAUGGUUACUUUAUACAGAUUAUCAAGUACUGUGGGAAUUCUAAUUUUUUUUAGCAUGUUCAUAAGAGGUCUUGGUAGGAUGAUGAAUUCUGAUUAUUUAACAUUCAUUGCUUCAUUAGAUGCAUAUAAGCAGCACAGAACAAGGGAUUUGAAGUAUCAGAUAGGACAGUAUGAUUUUGAUUUCCGUGAAUGGCCUGUUGAUUUUCGUUGGAAUGAGGGUAUGAUUGAUGCAAGCAAACCAAAAAUUUAUCUUAAUAAAGGAGCUGAAAGAGAUGGUAUUUUAAGUAAAUUGAUGGCCUUGCCCUGUGAUAUUUUGAGCUAUAUAGCAAUUCACACUUUUGGAAGAAUGAUGAUCUAUCCUGGAUCUAUAGGUCUACUUAAUACUUUCCUUUCUCCUAUUCUUUUAAAAGGACGAUCUAAGUUAGUUGAAGAACACAAUGGAGAAAGAUUUAAACUUCUGACUGAAGAUGGUAAUGAAAUAGAUUCCAUGUUUGUGGAUCGAAGAAAUAAUCCUCAGUUUAACAAUGGAAAUAUCCUGGUUAUUUGUUGUGAGGGCAAUGCUGGAUUUUAUGAAUAUGGAAUCACAGGAACCCCUAUUGAAGCUGGUUAUUCUGUAUUAGGCUGGAAUCAUCCAGGAUUUGCAUACAGUACUGGUCUACCUUUUCCAUCUCAAGAAUUGAAAGCUAUGGAUGUAGUUAUGCAAUUUGCUCUUACCAAACUAGGUUUCAAAAUGGAAAAUGUUGUUUUAUAUGCUUGGUCCAUAGGCGGAUUUAGUGCUACUUGGGCUGCUAUGAAUUAUCCUGAUGUAAAAGGCUUAGUUUUGGAUGCAACAUUUGAUGAUCUUGUAACUUUAGCUAUUCCAAGGAUGCCUGUUAGCUGGAAGCCAUUGGUUGUGAGGACAAUAAGAACUUACAUGAAUCUUAACAAUGCAGAGCAGUUAUGCAAAUAUCCUGGUCCAGUAAUUCUUAUACGUAGAACAAAAGAUGAAAUCAUAUCUACAAAAGCUUCUAGAUCCAUUCAAACAAAUAGAGGAAAUGAUCUCCUUAUAAAGUUGUUGCAAACUAGGUAUCCAAAUUUAGUAAAUAAUGACACUCUUUGGGCUCUGAAGGAAUGGUUAGCUGGUGACAAAAACCAUCAAAGUGUUCUUUGGUCUCAGCAAGGAGUUGAAGAAGAUUUGUGUAAUGCAACUAUAAUGUCCUACAUAGAAGAAAAUGGGGCAGAUUUCCCUUUGAUGAUAGGUGAACAUAUGUCAUCCGAUAUGAAAGUACAGUUAGUAUUAUAUCUUGCUGAAAAAUAUAUGGUUGAUUUUGACUCAACGCAUUGCGUUCCACUGCCAGGUCGAGCAUUUCAAUUACCUUGGGAUUUUUCUCGCCUGUCUAUAAAUGGAUCAUCAUCAGAACAGCAGUCACAUAUAUAACUGUAUUUACAACUGUUAUGUUAGAAUUUUGCAGCUGCUGUAGAUGUGAAUAUUUGUUUAAUGACAAUGCAUUGAAAAGUGCUGGUAAAUUGCAAAAAAUGCUGUUAUCACAUUCCAUGUCUUCUAAAAUUCAUUCUCAUAAAUUCCAUCAAUAUGUUUUUUUGAUGUUAUUAGUUAAUGUUAUCACUGCCAGCAUUUACACUGUUUCUAUAUAAAGUAGUAAAUUAUCUUGAAAUAGA